AUGGAGGAAGUGAACGCAAAACCAGAGACGAAAACUGAGUCUGAAGUUGUGUCAAAAUCAGUCUCCGAUCCUUCAACAACCGAAGAACUGCUGGAGUUUGUACAGGGUCAACUCGGCGACAUGCAGAAACGCUUGCAGGAUAUGACAGACGUCAUUCUCGGCAGAAUCGAUUCCCUGGGAACGCGGAUAAAUGAUCUCGAACGAAAUAUGAACGACUUGAUUGAGGCCGCGGAGGUGGACCCCGAUCCCAAGUCUGGGUCGGAUGCCAAGCGAUUUGACCUGGAAUCGUGA